AUGAACAUUUCACCGGCAUUUUUAAAACAGUUAUGGCUAACAGUAGGUGCCUCUUUGGCGUUUUUAAUCAUCGGUCUGGUUCGCGGAUAUACUGCGUCAGCGCUGCCUUCAAUACAACAGUAUAAUCCUACAAUUGUACAACACAGCGAACAAAAGUCAUGGACAGGUGCAAUUGCGUCAUUUGGAGCUUUCUUGGGCAGUAUGUGCUCUGGACCAUUAAUGCAACGGGCUGGCCGAAAAAGAGCGCUGAAGCUCACAGCUCCCCUUUGGAUUGCCGCAUGGAUAAUUGUUGGUUUCGCGCGCAUCUUUCCCAUCCUGCUACUGGGUAGAAUACUCACUGGCUUAUGUGUGGGAUUUGUAUUAGCUCCAGUUCAAGUUUACGUGAGUGAAUGCUGCGACCCCGAGAUCCGUGGUCGUCUCGGGUCCCUACCUACGCUGUCCAUGUCGCUGGGAAUCCUCAUAUCCUACAUCGCGGGGAGCUGGCUUUACUGGAGAUACCUUGCCUUUCUCUCAGCCACCUUUUGUGUGGGUAUGUUUGUUGCCCUCCUCCCGUUGCCAGAAUCUCCAGUAUGGCUUGAAACACAAGGUUUGAACAACAGUGCAUCUAUGAAGUGGCUUCAUCUAUCCAAACACGCUGUUGCUAAAGUUAAAGAUGGUAUACAAGAGCCUGUGAAGAGUAUAUCCGGCAAUUUGAAUCCAGUACCUGCAGAGCCUGAACCAAAGAGUCUUUUCACUCGGGAAGUGUUCUUCUCAUCUCCCGUGAUCAAGCCAUUGAUAAUUGUAUUUGCAUUACUUUUCUUCCAACAAUUUAGUGGUAUAGAUGCCGUCAUUUUCUUCACAGUUGAAAUCUUCCAAAAAUCAGGUAGCAAAUUGGAUCCAAUGAUGGCCACAAUAACAGUGGGUGCGGUGCAAUUAUUCAGCAAUGGAAUUAGUACAAUCCUCGUCGACCGUGCUGGCCGAAGACCGCUGCUCCUGCUCUCAGCAGCGACUAUGUCAGUCUCCAUGGUUUCCAUGGGUGCCUCUUUUUACUUCGAAUUCGACCAAAAUUCAUGGAUGGGCUAUCUGCCCAUUGCAAGUCUGGUAGUUUUUAUGUUGGGCUUCUCUCUGGGUUUUGGCGGACUUCCCUUCUUGUUGCUUGGUGAACUCUUUCCCAAGCACUACAGAUCACAGCUGUCAGGAAUGGCCAGCGCGGUCAAUCUGCUCUCCAUGUUUUCUGUUAUCAAGUCCUAUCAUGCUCUAGAUCUUGUAUUAACAUCAGCCGGUACAUUCUGGCUGUAUGCAGUAUUUUGUGGACUGGCGUUAGUCUUUGUCGCGUUCUUCGUUCCUGAGACUAAAGGAAAGUCCCUCGCGGAAAUCGAGCAGCAUUUCAGAGGCAAUAAGCACCAGGAAACCGCUAGCUUGCAAAAUAUACAAACAAAAUUUUGA